AUGCAAAAAUGUGAAAAAUGUAAUCAAUUAGUUCAUAUUUUAUGUUUAAAACGAAAAUCAACACCUGGUGGAAUUAUCGGGGAUGUAUUUUUCGAUUUUACUUGUACAGAAUGCAAUAACGGUGGUGAAGAAAUAUUUAAUCGUUCUAAAAUGCCAUGGUUCCAGGCGAUAACAUUAGUAUUGUACGAUAUUAUGCAUAAAUCAGAAGGUACUGGUCGGUAUGGCUUUUUCCAUUGGAAGGUUCAUAUUAAUUCAUACAUUGAGAGGCAUUGGCAUGUAUUAUUUAGAAAAGAUUUUAAACGUAAAAAAAAUUGGAUUGGGACAGUUUCCGGCACAUUAUCAAUAUAUAGCCCACUGUUUUUUACAUCGGGAACAGAAAUUUUAGGUGAAGGAGGAUGGUGGAAAUUAACUUAUCCAAAUUUAUGUCCAGAAAUAAUCGUUCAAUUAUGUAGUGAUUUAACACAAAUUAAACAUCAAAACAAAGAAUUAAAGCAUACUUUGAAUAUUCAGAAAGAUUUAGAAAUAAUAAAUAAAAUCUUAUUAGAAAAAUACAAUUUUGUUCAACCUGUGAUAGAUGCUACCGGUAAUGAUUUAUGUAACGAAGCUCCUCCAAAACGAUUAAAAUAUGAAGAAGAAAUAUCCACUGAUGAUAAUAGCAGCAAUCAAGAAAAUAAUGAAAUAUUUAAUAUUCCUUUAAUACCAACACUCGAUGACGAUAAUUUUAAUUUAAAUAUCGACGAUGAUGAUUAUAAUUUAGGUUUUGAUAGUUUUGAUUUUUCAAGUCAGUCGAUAUUCAGUGAUCUUUUCGAAGAUUCUAAAAAAUCUCAAGAAACUGAAGACAAUCAAUCAUUGGAGUAUCACGAAUUGGAAGAUAACAAAAAUACAACACCUAGUGAACCUGUAAAUUUAAGUAGCUUAUUUAAUCCCAGUAAUAGCAUAACAAGACCUUGGGAGAAUAUAGAAUGUCCAAAUUAUUCCCCGAAAGAUAGCAUAGCCCCGUUGACAACAUACGAAGAAAAUGAAUUAUUUAACAAAUUAAAUCGACAAGAAUUUCUCUCUCCACAUUUACGACGUAUUCUAUGUAAAUUACGUUUACGUAAACAGAAACGUGAACGUAACAUAAAAGUAUUUAACAUUGAUAAAAUCUAUGAUGAACUAUCAAAAAAUCCAAAUAGGCCGAUAGAAAUGAAUAAAAAUGAAAUAACAGAUCAAUAUUUAGAUCGUUAUCAUAACGCUAUAAUGUUAACAAAAUCUAAAACUAAUCAAGAAAAUAUUCCAUUCCAUUUAAAAUUAAUUGGCUAUAAUGAACCAAAACCAUUUUUAUCACCUUACACAAACCGUAUACUUAAACCGUAUAUUCGACGUGAUUUUGAAAUACAUACAUCGGAUCGAAAACCUGUUUGGUUGGCAUUAAUGGAUGAAUUAAAAAUCAAAGUGAAAAAUAAACAUCCGAGUUUAGAAACGGAAUGUGGAAGUAAUGCACCCAUUGAUUAUUGUUAUGUUCGAUCCGAACAUAUUCCAGCUAUUAAUUUAUUGUGUGAAUUAUACUUUUGGCCAGGAAUUGAUAUGUCGGAAUCAUUACGUUAUCCCGAUUUUUCAUGUGUUGUACUUUACAAGAAAAUAAUAAUCGGCUUUGCAUUUAUGAUACCCGACGUUGCAUACAACGAAUCAUACAUUUCAUUUAUAUUCACUCGACCUGAAUGGCGACGAACAGGUAUUGCAACAUUUAUGUUGUAUCAUUUAGUACAAACGUGUAUGGGUAAAGAAGUAACAUUACAUGUAUCAGCAACAAAUCCUGCUGUAAUAUUAUAUCAAAAAUUUGGUUUUAAGGUGGAAGAAUUUAUACAAGAUUUUUACGAAAAAUAUAUGGUCGAUAAUAAUCGUGAAUGUAAACAUGCGCUUUUCUUACGUUUAGGACGAUAA